AUGACACCAAUACUCGUCCUUGACCAUUUUUACCUCUCUAUUAGCCUCCUCGUCACCAUCGGAUAUCAGCUCCUAGGCUUCGCUAUCGCAUGGACGUUCCAGUUUGACAAGAUCACAGACUUCACUGGAGGUUCAAAUGUGUUUAUAUUGUCGUUGCUCACUUGGCUUCUCGGUGGCAAUUUCUCUGCUCGUAACAUUCUCGCGAAUGUCUUUGUAAUGGUUUGGGCCGUCCGUCUGGCUACUUUCCUCUUAUACCGAGUGCUUAAGUAUGGGAGCGAUAGUCGUUUUGAUGAUAUACGUUCCCAUUUCUUCAAAUUCCUCGGAUUCUGGGUCGGUCAAAUAAUUUGGGUAUGGACGAUCUCGCUUCCUCUGACAAUCCUCAACUCCCCCGCGCUUUCGGAGCGUUCAUCAUAUGCGGUAUGGGGCAAGGCGACCGACAUUCUUGGCGUCAUUUUCUUCUGGAUUGGUUGGAGUUUUGAGACUUCUGCAGACCUGCAUAAGUUCAUGUACAAAGCCUCAAACCCGCCGAAGGACAAGCCGAUCGAUGUCGGCCUAUGGAAGUGGUCACGCCAUCCGUCAUAUUUUGGCGAGAUGCUCUGCUGGUGGGGAAUCUGGCUCAUCUGCGUCACUCCUAGUCUGCACGGCAGCCUCAGCCCAUCUACCAAGGCUGCACAGUAUGGUGCGGUCGUGUCCCCGCUUUUCACCAUGUCCUUGCUCCUCUUCGCUUCUGGCCUUCCGACUGCGGAGAAGCCGCAAGCGCGCAAGUUCUACCUGCUGUCGUACCCUCCGCCAGGAUCCGAGGAAGACCACAGCUCGGCGACGCGCAGGACUGUUGAAAGUAACGUAGAGGACGACAGCUCCACCACGCCCGUCGCGAGGCUCGCUGCGAGCUCCGCGUGGGCGAACUACCAGGCGUACCGCUCGCAGACGUCCAUCCUGCUCCCGCUCCCUCCCGCACUCUACCGCCGCCUGCCGAGGUUUGUGAAACAGACGAUCUUGUGUGACUGGCCGAUGUACGAGUUCAAGCCGGAGCGGGAUCUGCAGGGAUGA